AUAUAUAAAGAUAAACACAAACUAGGUGAUAUUGAACCGUUGUUGCAAAAUUUCAGGUCUAUUGUUACUCGCCUAGAAGUAAUAGAUCCGCGAAGGUUGAGUCAUGCGGAGAAGCUAGCGUUCUGGAUUAACAUACAUAACGCAUUAGUGAUGCAUGCAUUUUUGUCCUACGGGGUUCCAAAAAAACACGGAAAGAGAGUUUUUCUACUCUUGAAGGCUGCCUAUAAUGUUGGCGGUCAUGUAGUCAGCGCCAAUGUGAUACAGAACUCUAUCCUAGGAUGUCGAAUGUCUAGACCAGGACAGUGGCUUCGCUUGUUACUUUCUUCUAGAGGAAAGCUUAAGGUAGGCGAUGAAAGGCAAGCCUAUGCGAUCGAACAUCCAGAACCCCUUCUGCACUUUGCACUCUGCUCAGGCAAUCAUUCAGAUCNUUGUUUUGCCAAAAGUUGUGGAGUCCUUUGCUAA